AUGAAGAGAAUUGGGACAAAAUUAUCUAAAAUCAUCCGUACCGAACUUGCAAAGCAUUGUUCCCCCUUCUUCCUCUACUUAAUAUACUUCUUGUCCUUUUCCUCUUUAGGUUUCUUGGCACUCAAGAUCUCUAAGCCAAGAACCACUUCACCUCUUCAUGACUUAGACCUCUUCUUCACUUCUGUCUCCGCCAUCACCGUCUCUUCCAUGUCCACCGUCGACGUGGAAGUCUUCUCCAACACGCAACUUGUUAUCAUCACUAUCAUCAUAUUCAUGGGGGCCGAGAUAUUCACAUCUUUCCUCGUUCUUUAUUUCUCCCAUCUCACCAAAUUUGUCAUCCCUCGGAACAAGAUCGAGAAUUGCCGUAUUGACCUAGAGAACGAUAUUGAUCUUGUUGAGGGUCCUAGCCAGAUCAAUGAGAAGGCAUCUAAGAGCUUGUACUCGGUGGUUCUUGGUUACCAGCUAGUAACAAACCUAGUUGGCUCCAUGGUGCUUCUUGUGUACGUAAACUUUGUUAAAACGGCCAGAGAUGUUCUUAGUUCCAAGGGAAUCUCACCUCUUCUUUUCUCGGUCUUCACAACUGUCUCCACGUUCGCAAACUGUGGAUAUGUCCCAAUGAAUGAGAACAUGGCCAUACUCCGCAAGAACUCAGGCCUUCUCUGGCUCCUUAUCCCUCAAGUUCUAAUGGGAAACACUAUGUUUCCUUGCUUCUUGGUCUUGUUCAUUUGGGGACUUUACAAGAUCACAAAGCGUGACGAGUUUGGUUAUAUUCUCAAGAACCACAAGAAGAUGGGAUACUAUCAUCUCCUCUCCGUUCGUCUUUGUAUUCUUCUUGGCUUGACAGUGUUAGGGUUUGUGAUGAUUCAACUCUUUUUCUUCUGUACCUUUGAGUGGAGCUCCGAGUCUCUUCAAGGAAUGAGUUCGUACGAGAAGUUGGUUGGUUCGUUGUUUCAAGUGGUGAACUCGAGAUUCACUGGUGAAACAAUCGUUGACAUCUCAAAGCUUUCACCAGCUAUUUUGGUACUCUUCGUCCUCAUGAUGUAUCUUCCUCCAUACACAUUGUUUAUGCCAUUGACCGAAGAAAAAAAGAAGAAAAACAAGAAGAGUGGGCUGUUCGUGUCACAGCUUUCCUUUUUAACGAUUUGCAUAUUUCUCAUUUCAAUCACGGAAAGGCAAAACUUACGAAGUGAUCCACUCAACUUCAAUGUCCUUAACAUCACUCUCGAAGUUAUAAGUGCAUAUGGGAAUGUGGGGUUUACGACCGGGUACAGCUGCAAACGACGGCUGAACAUGAACGAUGGUGGCUGCAUAGAUGCGAGUUACGGGUUUGUAGGACGGUGGAGUCCAAUUGGGAAAGUCAUACUAAUUAUAGUAAUGUUUUAUGGUAGGUUUAAGCAGUUCACAGCCAAAUCUAGUCGAGCUUGGAUUCUUUAUCCCUCUUCUUUCUGACAUCAUGUAUUAGUAUUGCAUGUCUCUGUCUAAAUAUCAUGUUUGCAUCUUUUUACCGAAACAUGCAUUCCAACAAUCUGAAAAAGAAAAUUAUAUAUAUA